AUGUUACAUGAAUUCAAUAUUAAAACAUAUAAAUUUCCUCUUCCUGUUCCUACUAAGGUAGGGGACAUCCAUCUCUCUCCAACGUCACGUGCAAGGCGUGACAUUUCCAUUUUGAGCGGCAGUUAUACAAAAAUGCAUCUAAAACAUUCCUUCAACAAUUAG